AUGGAUCGUCCUCGGCGAGCCGCUGCUCAGAAGCCAGAGGGUCACUACGCCCUCACUUCUCCGACAAAAAAGAGGAAGACUCGAUCUGAAGCCUUGACCGGAAAAAAGGACAAAAAGAAUGAUGACUCCGAUGAAGAUUCAAUGAGCAAGAAUAUGCCUAGUUCGGCCCCCCAAAAAAAAGGCAAACAGAAGCAGUCGAAGAUAGACCCAAUUGCCGAAGAUACUCUUGCUCCUGGAACUAUUCCUGUCAUUUUGCCCGAGCCUUUGGAUCCGGUUGCACUUGCAUUGGAUCUGAAAGUAUCUUAUGAAUCGAGAAUCCCACCACCGCCGGUACGGCCCAAACGACAGACAAGAUGGCAGAGGCCGGCAACAAAUCCAAUUGUCUACAUGGAGGAUCUGCCAAAAGGUUUUAAUUACGAUGAACCCGAUCUUGACCCAGAGGAUUUGGAAGCCCAAAUAGCAAGAUGUUAUGAGCGUAUCAGUGAUAAUAUCGUGGUCGGUCAGUUUCAGAUUAAGCUGAACGAAUUAUUGGGAACGAAGAAACAUCGCGAGUGA